GUCCUCUCACCAGCUCCCUGUCGCUGACUCCAGUGCAGUCAGCAGCCUGGAGCGAACAGCAGCAGCAGGAGCACAGAGAGGAGAUCAGCAAGAAACCGCUGGAAAGAAGCAACUCGGUGUGGGUACGUAAAGGUGCGUUACGCUGGUGGAGAGACUGGAAGCCUCAGCGCUGGGUGGAUGUGGGUGUUGCUCUUGAACAGUCCACCAAGUCUGACGGCAGGAAGGAUAGCAUUUUCUUUGUCUACUACACACAGUAUGAUGAGAAAAAGAACCUCCACGUGUUAAUAAAUGAAGUGACGGCACUGGUUCCAGUGCUCAGGGACUGCCACUAUGCCUUUGCUGUGUACACCGCCCAAAGGACAAAACAGAGGUGGCCUCUGGUACUGGCAGCACAAACGGAAAAGGACAUGAAUGACUGGUUAUGCCUGUUGUCUGACUGUUGCUGUGAGUGUCGAGGGAUCGCAGGUUCCCCGUCCAGACACGCCCUGUGGUCAACAACCUCAAAGGGAGACAUCAUGGUCCACGAGCCGUCCUUCUCCCUGGAGGCUCCUGGACACACACUGCCCUGUGACUUCAUGUUUUGGCGGCAGGUCCCGGGUCACCUGCGCUGUGUCGAGUCUAACAGUCUGGGGCUGGUAUGGGGCAUUGGUUGUGAUGGCACCGCCUGGGUCUACAGUGGGCAAUAUGGACAGCAGCCCAACCCAG